AGAUCUGAGGAUCGAGCUCCAUUGAUAGAGCGAAGAAGAAGAAGAUGAAAGUUUGUUACUAUUGAAUUAAAGAGUUUGUUACAUUUGGUUAUGUAUUUAUACUACCCAAUCUCGGUUUAACCAACACGUUAACCGGACUUUACUUAAGUCUAAUAGUAGAUACACUCAUAACAGGACAAGCGAUUUAAAGAAAUUAGGAGCAAUGAUAGAUCUAGUUUUAAGUUUGCGUUUACAGCUGGUAAUUUCAUUUACUUUCUGGUCUCUGAACAAUAUAUCUGAUUAAUUCAAACAUUAAGUUGUAUAUAGACGCAAUUGAUUGGUCUAUUGAAGAGAAUAAAUAUUGUUUCUUACCAUGUAAAAAUUAGAAAUUCCUGUAUAAUUUAUAUAGUGAUUCCAUGUAAUUUCGUUUCUUUAAUUAAAAUACAUUGUAUUCUAUAAUUUUUGAACUAAAUUAUCAUAUGAUUAAAAUUAAGAAAUCUCUUCUCUGUUUGAUCGAAAUUUUCAUGUUUCUUGCUGUGUGAAUCGAAAAUAAUGGGCCUUAUAUAGCCUGUACCUUUAAGCUUGUCCACGAAUCAAGGCAUGACCCAAUGUUACGCACGUGUGAGUUGUUUCAGACCGCACGGGAAAAAAAUAGAAGUCAUUUGAAAACAGACAUAGGUUUGUAAGAGAGGGAAAAAAUAGAAGGAAUACGAAACCAUCCUCUUUCUUGGACUGUUCACUCACUCUCUCUCACUGUUUUUUUUCAAGCAUAGAUCGCUCGGCCCUGUUGUCUGUUGGCGUCUCCAUCUCGAUUGCUCGCACCUUGUUUCUCCCUAUCUAUUCUACAAAGGAAUCGCAUAAGCUCUCGAGAUUGUUCUCACCUUUCUACUUUCACUUCUUAGCAAUGAGGUUUCUCUCUGAACUUGGAUCCCUCAAGAAAUGAAGAGCACAGAGCCCGUUAGGGUUGCCGUCAACAUACGGCCCUUGAAGGGAUGCACCGAUUGCAUCACCGUCACACCUGAUGAGCCACAGGUACUCAAAAAGGAAUGAUUCAUUACAAGCACAGUGUUAUUAUAGUCUUAGUGCUCAUUUUAUUUGGCUUCUUUUUUUUUUUUGCUGUUUUGAACAGGUUCACAUAGGAUCUCAUACUUUUAUGUAUGAUUUUGUAUUUGGAAACGCUGGCUUACCUUCUUCUUAGAUCUACCACCGAUGCGUUGCUCCUCUUGUGGAAGAUCUCUUCAAAGGGUACAACGCAACAGUUCUUGCUUACGGCCAGGUUUGAUUUUUGAGAUUACUUUUUUUAACUCCUUAAAUUACUACUUGUUUGAUCAAACUCAUUGUUUUUUUUUUUUUUGGGUUUGUUGCUAUUUAAAGACUGCUUCAGGUAAAACAUACACCAUGGGCAUGGGUACUAACUUUGGAACAAGUGACGGCAUUAUACCAAAAGUAAUGGAAGAUGUAUUUACUAGAAUGGAGGCAGUCAAAUCUCAGAUACGAGUAUCUUUUCUUGAGGUUAGAAGAACAUCUAUUUUAGUCUUGUUUAUAUGAGAGAGAUAUGUUGUGUUCUGUUAAUUACUCUUUACUCUUAUGUAACGCAGAUUUAUAAUGAAGAGAUUUACGAUUUGCUUGCCUCAAACCCGUCAAGAGCUCCAAUUAUAAUCAGAGAAACUGCUAGUGGAGAGAUAACUUUGCAAGGCGUUACUGAGGUAGAAGUGAAGACUAAAGAGGAGAUGAGCUCGUAUCUAGCACGAGGCUCUUUCACUCGUGCUACUGGCAGCACAAACAUGAAUAUAAAAUCAAGGCACUGGUCUAUAACUUAACUGAAUUUCUUUCCAUUUUUGCACAAUUAUCUUAAUAUAUAUUAAUGCCUUUCUGUUAUUGUUUGUUUUGUUUAGCCGUUCACAUGCUGUCUUCACAAUAUCUCUGCAAAUCACAAGAGCUGAAGAAAUAUUGUGUGCAAAGCUUCGUCUAGUAGACUUAGCAGGGUCAGAGCGUGCCAACCGAACAGGAGCUGACGGGAUGCGUUUAAAAGAAGGGCGCCACAUCAACAGUAGUCUUCUAGCGCUAGGGAAUGUGAUCAGUAUACUAGGAGAUGAGAGGAAGAGAAAGAAAGGAGUUCACAUUCCUUACCGUGUUAGCAAGUUAACUCGCUUGCUUCAGGUAUCAAUGUUUGUUCUUUUUUUUUUUGUUAUUAUGUCCUAAAAUAAAUGAUUUAUUGUUCUGGUUUUCACUUUAUGUCUUACCUCAGUUUUUUUCCAAUUUAGGAUUCUCUUGGAGGCAAUAGCAAAACCGUGAUUAUUGGUAUGGUUUUUACAUCUAUAAAUAUUUUCUUAUUCAAGCAUUUAUUAUAAUGACUUAAUGUGUGAUGCAGCUUGUGUAAGUCCAGCAAUUUCAGAUGUUGAGGAGACACUGAAUACGCUGAGGUAUGCAAAUUGUGCUAGAAAUAUUAAGAACAAAGCAGUGGUACAGAAGCAGAAGACGUCUGCACCAUCCUUUGACUACGAUGCUACGUUCAAGGAGCUCACACCAUUAAAAUCGGAGGCAAAGAACAAAGCAGUGGUACAUGAGCAUAAGCCGUAUGUACCAUCAUUUGACUAUGAUGCUAUGUUCAAGGAGCUCACACCAUCGAAAUCGGAGUCUUUGCCGGUCUAUGACAAGCCUGUGUAUGAUAAAGAGGAUGUGUUCCAAGCUUUCUCUGAGCUUAAGAUCCCAUGGACUUCUCAAGCUGCUAGGUUUGAUGAUCUGUUUGCUUCCAGCUCAUCACGUUCAGAGCUGAGGAAACCGGUCUAUGACAAGCCUGUGUAUGAUGAGGAUGUCUUUGAAGCUAUCACUGAGCUUCAUGUUUUUGAAGCUAUGCCUGAGCUUCAGUGCGAUGAGGAUGUCUUUGAAGCUAUCUCUGAGCUUCAAAUCCCAUCUACUUCUCAACCAGACGAUGUUUCUUCCUCGUCACCUUCAGAGUUUACAAAACAUAACACUUCUUCUUUGGAUGUUUCUCCCAAGAAGACAGAGAGUGAACAAGAAGAUAAGUGUCAAAACAAACCAAUGGAGAUCAUUGAUCUCAUUGAUGAUGAAGCUGAAGAUCAAGAAAAGCCCUUCAUUGAUCUCACGACUGAUGAAGAAGCUGAAGUUAAAGAAAAGCCCUUCAUUGAUCUCACGACUGCUGAGUGUCACUUAGAGCUAAAGGAACUGAACAAGAGACUUGAAGAAAAGGAGGCUGAAAUACGAGGAAGUGACGAGGAAAAGGUUCAACUAGAAAAGGAGAAAAGAGCUUUGCAGAGAGAGAUUGAAGGUUUAAGACAGAAGCUUGCUAGCGGAUCAUCUGCCACACCAUCUUGCACUUGCAGUAAGAGGUCUAGCUGCAAGACACUAAGGUGCCAAUGCUUAGUUGCAAACUAUUUUUGUGUUGCGUCAUGUGGGUGUUCUUCGGUCAAAUGCUCCAACAGAAGCAGGGAUGAGAGAGUCUUGUAGCUAGUACUUUUUUUUUUUUAAUCUUGUAAUAUAUAUGGCUUGUAGCCUAUCACAUGGUGAGUGUGAUUUAGGAUGGCCAGUAGUUGUAUUUAAAAAUGGCUAGAGAAGUUAAAAAAAAAAGUAUUUUGAUCAGAGUUAUAUGGUGAGUAGAGACUCCUGAGUUCCUUUCACUCAAGUCUUGUAACAACUUUCUAUCAUUGAAAUGCAACUUACGUUA